UUUAUCUACGACUUCACUCUAUCCUAGGUAAUUCUAUCACACAACGCUCUUUCGAGCUUUUAAUUUCCCAAUUGAAUUUUUAUAUCUCCAUACGAGCUGAGAAAUAAGAGUCGUCAUAUCAUAUUGAAAAGCGCAAUCGGCGCACCAAGUUCAACGCAAAUAUGGGUUUUACAACCGGUUUUGUAAGUAUAUGCUCCCCUCACAGCUUCCCAGCUCAUAGUUUUCUACGCAUGAUGGGUGAAUACCUAAACCAAAGAAAUAAAUAAAUAAAUAAAUAAAUAACUAACACACCAUUCACCCAGACCGGCGGCGUAACUCUAACCCUCUCCUUAGCCUACCUAACCGUCCUCGCACACCAACGCAACCGCGCAUCUCAAUCCCUCCACCUACACCAGCAAUCCUACAUCCUCACCUCGCUCUUAGAAAAACAGCCGAUUCCGCCUCCGAAAACGCGCUCUGAGCUCGCGCGCGAAGAACGCAGUACGCUUAUUGAAGCGGCGAAGGAUCGCUGGAAUGCAGAGAUUGAAAAUGGGGUGAGAUGGGUUCAGAGGACGGAUUGGGAGGGGGUGAGAGAUGGGAUUGAGGGGGCGGUUAGUAGAGCGCUUGGGUUGGGGUUGGAGAGGGGGAGAGAGGGCAUUGAGAGGGGAGAGGAGGUUGUGGGGAGAAAUUGAGAGAUUUUAGGGAGGGAGGGAGAGGAGGCGGUGGUUGCUGGUGGAGGUCGGUUGCUGGUACCAGGGGCGGAUGAAAGCAGAAAUUAAAAAUUCCUUCGUAUCCUGAAAUUGAACGGAAAGCGGGAGGAACAGUAGAUGCAGCACGUGAAUCGGUACGUAAUGCCGUUUCUCGAGGUAUCGAAGCUGGCAAGGAUAUUGCCCAAAAAGCCGGUGCUGCGGUAGGAAUCGCAGAGCAGAAGAUGACGAAUUCGGAUGUGGAGAGAGCUUUGAGGGAACGUUUUGAGGGGCCCACUCACUUGGAUAAGAGUGUGCAGCAGGCUCUGGAGGAGAGAUAUACACCUAUUGAUCAAAGAGAUAAUAGUACUCUGAGAGGCCUAUGAGCUGUUUAGAAGAAGAGGGUGAAUAGUUCAGAGAAAGGGAGAUCAAGGUGUACUAUCAAAAGUGUAAAUAGAUGAUGUUCUCUGCUAUGCUAUGAUAUGCUUGCUGAGUGUGCUAUAGAAAAGUUGAUUUGCUUUGCUUUGCCUUUGGCCGGGCUUAGAAUGGAUAUUCGGGACUAUGUAAUACAAUGCAAGUACUAUUUCCUCAGUCGCCCAU